CCUGGUUACAUUGUAUCAGUUCUCACACGGAGAACCGCGGCUCUUAGCACCGCCACGGAAUUAACCCGGAUGAGGAGGUCGUUGCUGCUGUGGGAUUAACUGCUCGUGGACCGCAGGACGGGAGUGUGCUGGUGUUGGAACCGGAGGCAGAGAAAAUGCGCCGUGGAGCCGGCGGUUCGGUGCGCGGACGGUGCGUGUGACGCUCGGCUGGCCUCCGGAGCUCGGUGCCGCUUCAUGUUUCUCUCCGCCGCUUUUAUUGUCAUUCCGCCGUAUGAUUAGCGCUUUUUGCGGACGGACCGCCAGCAUGGACACGGCAGGGUUCGGAAGAGGAGCGGCGAGCUAAGUGGGAAAUGUCGUUAAAUGGGAAUGGAACAAGUAGACCGUGAGGAUUCUCUAACCCUUGCCCCAGAGUCCCAACCAUCUAAGAGGGUGUCGGACCUCACCGAGGCAAUCCUGGGCCGUUGGCACUAAAAUGUCCCUAAGUGGUGGCACUGCAGGCGGGAAAGGUGUGGACUCUAAUGCGGUGGACACUUACGACAGCGGGGAUGAGUGGGAUAUCGGUGUUGGAAAUCUGAUUAUCGACCUUGACGCAGAUUUAGAGAAGGACAAACUUGAGAUGUCUGGCACCAAGGACGGCAUGGCAGCACCACCCAGCGCAGUGGCAGCGCUGCCCGACAAUAUUAGGUUUGUUAGUCCAGUGUCUGCUUCUCAGGGCAAGGAAAGCAAAUCCAAAUACAAGCGCAGUAAGAACUCUAAAGACAAUAAUAACAAAGCUUCAGCUGGAGAUGGGGGUAAAAAGGAAGCCACAGGACGGACUCAAGGGGAGCCAACCGGUGCAGCAAUGAGUGCUGGAGCUGCCGGCAACAAUUCCACCUCUGGGAAGAACAUGGAAAAAGGCGGCAAAGCUUCCAGAGGCGUUCUGAGUGGUAAAAAAGACAAAGAUGGGGCGAGUGGAAAAAGUAAGAAGGACAAAAGUGAUGGCGCACCAGUCGUGGCAAUAGCUGCUGCAGAGAAGGAUGUUGUGUCUCAAGCCCAAAUUGCUCUGGGGUGUAGUCGCAAUAUGUCCUUUGAGAACACACAAUCGUCGGACUUGGCAGAAGCCAAUCAAAUGGGGAAUAUUGCACUUGAAACUGUUGGGGUAGUACCAGCACUGACCACAAAAACAGAACCAGACGAGAUGGAAAAUGGCAGUAAUGAAUGCAAAAUGUUAAAAAAGGUGAAAAAUGAAAAGAUGGAAUCUCCUGUCUCCACACCAGCUCCUCCCCCCCUCCACCUCCUGCCCACAGUGGGCAACAGCGAGAUCGCCUCCCCGUGUGAGCAGAUAAUGGUGCGUACGCGCUCGGUGGCGGUGAACACGUCAGAUGUGGCCCUGGCCACCGAGCCGGAGUGCUUGGGGCCCUGCGAGCCUGGUACCAGUGUCAAUCUGGAAGGCAUUGUCUGGCAGGAAACGGAGGAUGGCAUGCUGGUGGUCAAUGUAACUUGGAGAAACAAGACGUAUGUGGGCACCUUGUUAGACUGCACACGACACGACUGGGCUCCCCCCAGGUUUUGUGAAUCACCUACAAGUGAUCUGGAGAUGAGGAAUGGCCGUGGUCGGGGCAAGCGAAUGAGACCAAAUAGCAACACCCCAAUCAAUGAGAACAGCAACUCUUCGGACAAUAAAGGCACCAACAACAACAAGACACGUGCUGCGUCUAACAGCAAAGGCAGGCGGGGCAGCCAGACACCAUCAGAGCGCCGCACGCCACCCAACAGCAACACCGAAGACAUCAAGGCAAGUCCCUCAUCAGCUGGUAAACGUAAGACCAAGCCAACCUCAGACAUGGAGCCCAAUUCCAGCUCAGAGGACACCAAAGGCAACAAGCGCAUGAGGACAAACUCCAACGGUGGAGGAGUUCUGCAAACGGGUCUCCUUAUACCUUCUAUUAAGACUGAGCCUUUUCCUCCUCCCCUCGAUCGUACUUGCCCCUCGCCCGUUCUUAUUGACUGCCCGCACCCUAACUGCAACAAGAAGUACAAGCACAUCAAUGGGCUCAAGUAUCACCAAGCUCGUGCCCACAAUGAUGAUGAUAUAAAGUUGGACCUGGAUGGAGAUAGUGAAUAUGGAGAGGACUCAACUCUCCACCCUGAGCCUGGAAACUGUAACGGAGUAUCUAUCUCGCAGAAAGGCUGUUUGUCCCCAGCACGUUCAGUUACUCCUAAAGGCAGGAACUUUGAUGCUCAAAGUCCUUCCCCUUCUCCUGGAAAAUUUGGUUCAAAGCAGAAUAAAAAGAAAAUUGCUGAUGCCGAUCCAGAAACUGUUGGUAUGCCAAUGGACGGGUGUGAAGAUGGGCCAUGCCUCACCGAUGAAGCCAGCAAUGAUGGUAUAGAUGAUAAGAGAGGAGCAGACAAGUCCAAAAAGGCUGUUAGUGGUGCAAAGACUGAUAAACUGUCCCAGAAAAACAUCAAGUCUCCACGACCCAUAGGCCCUGGCUCUACAGUAUCUCAACAGAUGUAUUCUUUUCCUACUGGAAAUCCAAAUCCCUCGUCUGGUCUUAAUCCUAUCAUGCAAGGAAUCCCCAAAAGCCCCCAGAUGAAAGGCACACAAUCUAAACUUCCCACCAUCGUAGAUCCAGCCUCAGGUGUCUCCAAAGACAAAAAGAAGAAAGACAAGAAGAAAAAAGAUGGUGGGAAAGAGGCUGACAGCCCCAAACCUCCUGGAAAAGGAGGUAAGAUGGAAGAGGGAAAGCUCGCAUAUGCUGAAGUUACCGAUCAAGCCAGUAAGGGUGAAGGGCUUCUCAAUGGUUCCUCAGACCCCCAUCAGAGUCGCUUAGCUAGCAUAAAAGCUGAGGCUGACAAGAUAUACAGUUUUUCUGACAAUGCUCCGAGCCCAUCCAUUGGUGUAGCCAGCCGGAUAGAUGGUAGCGGGAUGCCACAGCCUCUCACCCCACUCCACAUGGUGACACAGAAUGGUGCUGACAAUUCUUCAGUCAAAAACAACAGUCCGGCAUAUUCGGACAUCUCAGACGCUGGUGAGGAUGGUGAAGGGAAAGUUGAAGGCGUCAAAGUCAGGACGGAAGACCAAGCAGUCAGAGAAAGUGUCAAAAAAGCACUUUUUACAACCCAAACACCCAACAAAGACUCUCCGUUCUACGCUGGCUACGAAACCUAUUAUUCACCCAAUUAUGUUAACCCUAGUCCUGGUGGGACCAAUCCGGCCACGCCAGUAACUGAAGGUCAAAUUAAAAUCAAAAGGGAUGAUGACCAAGACCCAGGUGAAGAAAAGGCCAAAGUUGAGGCUCAUGAAGACCGCAAAUCUGACACCAGUGUCCCUGGCCAACAGCAGCAACCCUCUGUCAUCCAACAGCGUUCCAACAUGUACAUGCAACCGCUUUACUACAACCAGUAUGCCUAUGUACCCCCAUAUGCAUACCAUCCUGAUCAGGCCUACCAUAACCACUUGAUGAAUACCAACCCAGCCUACAGACAACAGUACGAGGAGCGGCAGCGGCAGUUGGCUGAACAGCACCGUGUUGCUGAAAAGAAAUCUGAUAUAGCCAUAAAAGAAAGAGAAGCCUCCAUGAAGGAGGAAUGGAAACAAAAGAGCCCAAUGCCACCCAGCCUCUCCAAAGCCUCAAGUCAGUCAGACCUUGGAAAGACCCCACAGCCCCAAAGCAAAUCCAGGGAGUCGCCCUCUGAACCCUCCUCCAAAUCCAUUGGAAACAUGAAGGGGGAGGAGCCUAAGCCACAGCAAGCUGAAGGGCUAAAGAUGAAACUGACAGAAGGAGGUCAUCUUGUCAAAGAAGACUCCAAACAAGUCCUAGAGUCCAGGGGUCAGGCAGGAUUGGAGCAGGCUAUGUGGUACCGACAGUACCCAGAGAGCCAGAAGUCUCAGGCAGAAGACGAACACCAGCAGCAACCGCCUCGAUGGAAAGACGAACGGGACAGAGAACGGGAACGCGAGCGGAAGCUAAAGGAUGACAGGCAUAGACCUAAGGACAGUCAAAGUGGCCCAAAGGAAGAGGCUAAAGAGAGUACUGAUCCACGGAUUAUUUCUGAGGACCACCGGGCCAUGAGCAAAGACUCUCGUUCUAAUGCCCACAUGCAGUUCUCAUCACAACUAUCACAGCACCAAGGCUACAUGUCCUACAUGCAUGGGUACCCCUAUGGACAAAGCUACGACCCCAACCACCCCGGAUACAGGGGCAUGCCCUCAGUCAUGAUGCAGAACUACCCAGGUUCUUACUUGACAGGAGGCUACCCAUUUUCUCCGUAUGGCACUAAAAUAGCCGGAGGUGAAGAAGGCAGCGACAAGUCUCGGGCUAGCCCAACUGUCAGUAAAUCAGCGUCGGACUCUAAAGCCCUCGAUAUCCUGCAUCAGCACACCAGCCAGUACAAGAGCAAAUCUCCCACAGUGGGUGACAAGCCCCCCCAUGACCGGGACAGGGAGCAGGACCGAGGAGCCGGAGCCGAGCGGGAACGAGAGAGGGACAUGGACCGGCCGCGCUCCUCACCCUCACAGCGCAUCAUGCCCUCUCACCACCACCUGGCAUACCCGCUGCUCUCAGGCCAAUACGACUUAUCCUACGCUGCAGGUUUGUCGUCUUCAGCUAUUGUUGCCAGUCAGCAAGCAGCGACCCCCUCGCUCUACCCACCAGCACGGAGGUGAGAACGGGAAAGCUGACCGUCGCACCUCAGCCCUGAACACGUUCAUGUGACUGGCUCACAUGAGAAGAUCUCCCGGGUGACACCCCCCCCCCCCCCAGACAUCAGUUGAAUGGUGUUUCUAUCUAUAUUUUUAUUUCUUCUGCCUCCAGACUCGGCAGGUUUGUCUUUUCGUCCUCCCCUCGUAACUAAGAUUCUCAAACCGCGGACUGCAACAGGACUGCUCAAACCCAGGUUCAAAGCCAUGGCUCUGCCACUGCGCGCAGAGGAAACGCCGACCCGCCGGUUUUCUAGUCUUUGCACUGUCAACAAACACAAUGCAACCACAGACUGGACUGCCACAACACCUGGUUUUCUUCUUUUCGUGUUUGUGUCACGGUUGGCACGGCAGUUUGGGGAGUUGGGUGACUGAUGGGGAAAAGGGGAGUCAAACUACAGACUGAUCAAGAAAAGAAAAAAAAAAAACGUGAGUCAUAUAGAAGUGAUUGAAGCCGUCUUUGGCUUAUUGUAUGAAACAACGUGUCCUGAACGUGAGACGCUGGAUUUGGUGGGAGGAAACAUGGCAACAGCUGCUUUUUUCACAGACAUCUGAGACUGAUGUUUUCAUUUGACAUCGUCGUUCUUCAUUCCCGUCAUCUUCGAGCUCUUAGUUCUUGUUUCAGGGAUUUUUUUUUUUUAGGUUUUUUUUUUCUGAGGGGAGCACACACACCUCAGUGGAGAAAAA